UCUUCUUUGGCACAACAACCUCUAGAGGUCUCGGCCAUUUUUGGCUUUCUGUGACUUAAUUUUUAAUCCAUCGUUAUUAAGAUUCUACUUUUAAAUUCAUCGCGUACGACAUUUAACACAACGUUUUUUCAUAAAUCGACGAUCUAAAUAGACAUUUAAAAUAAUUUGUUAAAUUAGCUAUAAUUAGUAUGUCAUCCCCAAAAACCAAAUAGUCGCAUUAACAUGCACGCUUACAGUCAAAGUGUUCACUCGAUUCCAAUUUAAUUUAAUCAAAUACAAUUAACCAAAAUCACAUGCUGCUGCACUUGAACGUUUGGUACGAUUAGCCACAGCUGAUCAGCUGUAGCAGUACGGUUCGGUGCAUCCGAUUUACCCGUACAGCUGAUUGUCACGUUCAAUCUCUUAUGCAACUUAAAAACUGCCUCGCUUUACUCGCACCGUUCAUCCAAGCGAGGAAAAAUGCACCGGCAAGUUAUGCGUACGAUCGCACAGUGUCACGGUGAAGCAUAAAAAGGCACGAGCUGGCGAAUGUCAAUGACUGUGACCGGGCGUCAUGGACUGACGAGUUUUCCUUACCACCGAUCGUUUCUGCUUCAAGCCCGGGAAGGUCACGAACGUAUUAAACUCUGCAAUGAAAGUUUGUCACUGUCCGAAAUUCAAUUCCUGCCGGUUGCGUGAAAAUGUAUCUCCGGGCAAGUGUCUUAAAUUUCUUCCCUUGGCUGGAAACUGUUUUAAGACACCGAUUUCAACGGUUUCAUCAGGUGCGAGUAUAAAUGCAGCUGGCUAAUGCAACGUUAGAGUCAAAGCCAUUCGAUAAGCCGUCAAGAUCUGGACACCUGUGGUACAAAGUGUCUUUGCGAGACAAAGCCAUCACAAUCUGAAGCGCCGCUUUCAACAGUCGGUUCUCCAACAAGUGCUCCAAGAUGAAACAGCUAUUGGUAAGGGAUUCAGAAUAAUGUGCAAAUGUACAUCAACUUCAAAAACGUUUUAUCCCAUUUCUGUACACAGCCCAUUGCGCUACUGUGGCUGAUCGUUCUAUGCAGUGUGUUGGUGCGCGUUGAGUCAGCAAUCGCAGGCGAUCGGUUGGUUUUCCACGUCCCAAUCAACUACAAGAACGUUCACAUGACCAAGACACGGGUGAAGCCGAUUCAUCAUCGAACGUUCCAAAAGACGGACUAUAAGCUGUUGGGCUAUAGCAUGGAUAAACACGUUCAUCCGAUGGAGCAACAACAGCAGCACAUGUCUCCGAUGGAGUACCUCGCAAAGAUGCAGAUGUUAAGCAGAGGAUGACUCUUGAAAAACACGUACAUCUAUCGGAUCAGUAGCGUUGGGGACGAAGAUCUCCCACUCAGCAGCAUUUUAAGUGAAAUUCCGUGAAUUCAUAUACAUAAUCGUACAUGUCCUGCUUAUCCUUAUUGAGGGGCAUUUACACAAACUAAAUUGGUUUCAAACUUGAAAAACCCCCUGCAACAUGAUGAUGACGGGAUUUGAACGUACGAUCGGACAGACCGAAUCAACCGUUUAUCCCGCACGGCUAUGGAACUUCUACAUCAGGGCAAGCGUUGUAUACUCCUUUCAUUCUUGUUACCAGUUGCGUAAUUUACUAUACCUAUCCAGUUUUAAGUGUUCUUUAUUCCCAUUUGUUGAUAUGUGCAUGUAUGUAAAAAUACGUUUUGUAAAAUAUAAAGCACUAAGUGUUAUUUGUUUUAUUUAAUUUUUGAGUUUUAUGAUACUCUUGUAAAUUGUUUUUGUCUUAAGUCAUUGUUUGUUUUUCCAUUUAACCAUCUUAUCAACAAACGAGUUUCAGUUGAAUCAAGUCGAUGAGCAUUUCUCGGGAAUUUCUCACAUUUUGUAGGAUUUUUUUGGGUUUUUUAUAUAGAAUAACUAUACCAGGAGGCGGUCCGGUGAUCCUGCUGCCCCCUGAGGCGACAAUUAACGCCGGUGUUCAUACGACAGGACAGGGGUUCGUAUCCUAUCCAGAUCGCUACAGGUACUUUGCUACAGGUAAAAUCAAGUCAUAAAAAAGCCAGAAAAUGGCAGGCCGAGACCCCUGAAGGUUGUAGCACCACGGAAAAAGAAGAACAACAAAACAGGAAACAUCCUACUCUAUACAUGUUCACACGACGACGAUCAAAUACCAUCCUAGACCGCCUUCCCGUACGCAAGACUGACUAUCCCGCUUCAAGUCGAACGAAGGAACAGAAACGUCCCUACUAUAUCGUGCCAACAGUACCAGUAAACACACUUUAUCGAGGACGUUCACGGCCAUAAGUCACUGCACUCUACGUGUUAAAACACUCGAAACACAAGCCAGCCCACCUGCGUACAUAUUUCCGGCCGGAGCACCGGAAAUCGCCAACCAAUCAUCCGGUGCGUGCCGCACAUACGCAUAGCAGUUGCAGAAAGCACCAUAACCGUCGGUCACCGGCGCUCAUUCACCUUUCGCGAUCCGAGCCGAACGAUCGCGUGUGCGUUUGAAAAUCGUUGCUAAACGAUUAUGUUAUAUUGUUUCCAUUUGGUCUACCCGGUCGGCCUACCGCUCACAGCCGCAUUCGAUACAUGGACUUUAUUAUUGCUCGAUCAAAUCGAUCGCUCACACGCAUACACGAUUGUCACAGCGAUUGUUGUACGGAGAUUGUAGCAGACAUUUGGCAGACUUCCUACGCUGUAUGGUUCUGCGAAGCGUGAAGUGCAUACGCUCGUUGCGGUACCAAUGCACUUCCCGUCUACUUAUCUUGCCUUUCCUUAGCGUGCACACAAACACACACACGCACACACAAACUCACACGUUGCGAUGACCGAUUGGAUGCACUUUUCUUAGGAUGGCUGGGCUUCGAUGUUACCUUUCGCUCUCACUAAUGCGCCUGUUUCUAGUUUUCCGCACGACAUUCAAGGUAACAUGCAACGGGGCAAAAAAACACACACCCACACGCGGUACAAUAAAUGCUCAAGUUAAACACGAAAUGAAAAUGAGAGUUUCCGAGAAAAUUGGCGAUGGUGUUCGUGUGGAUGGGGGAGCGACAACAAAGAAAAAAGCGAAAGGAGUUUCGGACUUUCUUGCCCCGGCACUUAUCGUGCGUAUCGAUCGGCACCUAUUGUUGGGG